CCGCGUUCGCUCCGACACCAUCAAACCACGGCACAUAAAACCACACAAACUUGUCCAGGUGUGUUCCAUCACACUUUCGACGUUUCUACUCCUCAAAUACUCAACGAUCAGCAUUACGAGUCGUACGUGUUGUAGCCCUGCCGACCAUCAAUUCCCCAACCCUCCGACGACACUGUAUCGCUAUAUCCCGGGACGAGACGCCGUUGAAAGCAUUUCGCAUUUGCUUCCCACAGCCCGAAGGCUUUUGCGGACCUUCCUUCUAGCCAUGCUCCGAGCAACGACUAAGAAGCGGGCGCACGUAGAGUCCACGACGCAAAUUGCGCGAAAGAAGACCCGCACUGCCCCCAACAAAAAAACCGCUUUGACUCAGCCGGAAGGAGAGGGCACGCUCGAGCCCAUCAGAAGCGACGAAAUCACGCUGCGCAAUCAGCAGCAAUCGCCGCUCUUGCGCCUUCCCGCCGAGCUCAGGGACGAGAUAUGGGCCUACGUUUUCGAGCGCCGCACAGCCCAUGUGGAGAGCACUCGCUACUACGGGGUCAGGGGCGUAGGACACAUCACAUACCGCGAGUGCCGCCAAUGCCUCUCUGAUCAAGCGGUCUACGAGCUGAGCCUCCAAGGCGCAGCGGACAAGGACCGGUACGAGUGGAAGGCCGAAGAACUCUUCCAACCCCGUACCCGUGGAUAUGCCUGCGUGCACCACCAAUGCGCACGGAACGGCCCCGAUACCGCGUUUUCCUUUAGCGUGCCGCUCGUGUGCAAGCAGAUGUACCGUGAGACGACGCCUAUCAUGUGGAAAGCAACGACGUUUUGUUUCAGGCAAUCGGCCGCCUUUGAGGACUUCGUGCGCAGACCUGCCUCGCGCAAGCAUCUGCACCUUAUUGAGGAGAUUUCCAUUUUGCUGGCCGAGUGGGACGGCGACCGUGGCUGGAAAAGCGCUAUUACCCCGGCGCGGGUGGCUUCUUUUCCCGCAUUGCGUAGCCUGCACCUUGUUAUCCGGACGGAGCGGUGGUAUGAUUCUGUCAGCGGAAGAGGACCACCCAAGUUCAGCGAUUUGAUGAAGGACCCGCCUUCUCAUUUCAAUUAUCUGCCGAAUUUGAUACGCCAGUUUCGCCAGCUGCCUUUGAAAGAGCGCGAGACGACCGUGUUUGUGGCGAGGCUUUGGGACGAGGGGUCGACGUAUUAUGCACCGGGCCGGUUUCAUAUGACCCCGGCGCUUAGAGACCCCGUGAACGAGAGGAGAGAGAUUGCGGAGGUUAUUAGGGGGUUCUUGUUGGAUUAUCGGCCAAGGCGGUUGAGUGUGAGGAGGAGGGGUUAGCGGGGUAGGAGAGGGCUCUGAAGCCUUUCGGGAAGAUAUAGCGCAAGUCAACGGCCUUGUUCGAGGGUAUCACUAUGAACAGCUUUUCAUGCUGAAUGAAUCACCAUUGUAGAUUACAAUCACGCCUCCGUCCGCUAUGUCCUUCUCAAUCCUCC